AUGAAGACCUCUGGAGCCUGUAUACUGUUGUGUUUCUUAGCACUCUUCUUGUCCCCAGCUGACUGGUUUCCAUGGAUGGUCAACGGGCAAGAACUGGAGAGUGCAACUGGUGAGAUUAGCACCGACUCUUUUAUCAGCACCUCCGCUGCAGCUGUCACACCACCUGUGCUUCUUAGUCCUGUUCAGUCUGACAGUGAAACUACGACGGCUUCAUCAGAUUGUCGUGAAGAAAAGUUCCCUUGCACACGCCUGUACUCUGUUCACAAACCAGUAAAGCAGUGUAUCAGCUACCUCUGUGUUACAAGUGUGCGUCGCAUGUACAUAAUAAACAAGGAGGUGUGCUCUCGCAUUGUCUGCAAGGAGAACGAGGUCAUGCAAGAUGAGAUCUGUCGCCAGCUGGCUGGCCUUCCUUCUCGACGUCUCCGCCGGUCUGGGCAACCCCUGCACCUCCCUUGCAGAGGGCUUCUGGAGCAGCAGCGCAGAAGGCCUGAUGCUCUGUGAGAUACCAACAGGAGGAGAGAAAAGGAAGGGAGAGAAGAGAAAUCGUCAUCCACUACCUACAACCCAAGACAAGUCCUUCUCACUUGUGAUUUCCCCCCCAUUUCCUUGCUUCUCUGCCUUCCCCCACAUCCUCUUCUUCAGGUGCUGCAGCACACUUAGUCCCCUGUCUGCUAGACUGUCAUGGUGGCUGUUGUCACCUUC